GAGAUGGAGGACCAGGUUGGGCAUUGUGAGAAAUCCUGGAUUCUUCACCACAUCAUGGACAGGAUGAUAGGGAGCCGAAAGUUGGUGGACAUCCGAAGGAAGUUAAUUUUGAUUGAUGAGUAUCUAUUUAACGAAAACAGUGUGGUAAAGAAAAUUUUCGCAGGAAGUUUAUCUGAGGGUUUCAGUCAGUUGCCAGGCUCUGACGCUGACAUGAUGUUUGUUAACAACAAGAUGAGGGUUAUGUGCUCGAAUCAGGAUAUAUAUCCCUUGUCACCACAUGGCAGGGACAUCACUCUUUUUGUUAUGAGGAAUGCUGCUUCUCGACCAUGUUAUGUAAAAUUAGAACUAUUUCAAAUGUCUCGACUAUGUUCGGAAGUGAUAUUGGAAUCUAUUGUCCCAGAUCGGGAUGUGUAUUUCAUAUCCAGUGAGAUUUAUACAGAGAAGUUACGAGCUUUAUAUUCUACUGGGAUGUACACGGAAAUGACAACUAAUGGGCCAGCAACUACUUUUAACAUGAAUGAAUUUCAUGACAGCGAUUGUGUUUCAUGUUUUAAAUGUGAAAGUUGGCCACCAGUGGCAAACGAGUGGCUGAAUAGGCCUCGCCAUUAUGGAUGGCCAGACAAAGCUUCAAUCUAUGAUAUUUCACAAAACGGUUGCCAUCUUGUUCCGGUAGGAGAUAAAGCAUCUGGUGAUGCAUUUCUACAAUGGAGGAUAUCUUUUGCAACUGCCGAAAGGAAACUUGUUCAUUCUCUCAGCCAUGAACAAUUUUUAACGUAUGGACUUCUCAAGUUCUUUCUUAAACAAAUAUCUGAAAGGUUGAAAGAUAUCAUCGGUGAUGCAGAUAUUCUUUCAUCGUAUAUUAUGAAAACGGUUGUAUUCUUUGCAGUAGAAAAUACUCCGCUAUUGUUCUGGAAAGAAGAAAAUACGUUUUUGUGUUUCAUGUUGUGCUUGAAGAUACUGAUUGCGUGGAUAAAUGCUGGAUACUGUCCACAUUACGUCAUUAUAGGUAACAACAUGUUUCAGGGGAAACUUAACGGUAGAAACAAACAAAAACUCCUUGAAUGUCUAAUGGAACUGUACCAUAUGAACUGGCGGUGUCUUUCAGUUGGGACAUUCAUACAGCCAUCUAUAGGAGAUCGUAUUGACAGUGUUAUGGAUGGAGUGUGGAAAGGGUUACUUCGUCCUCCACAGGACGAAGAAAUUGACUGCGAUAUGGAGGUAUUUUCAACUAUACAUAUAUCUACUAAACAACUCGGUAGGCCCUUGUCGCUGCUAUCGAAAUCACAGUCUGACUUGGAGGAGUUUACUGCCUACCGCCAAAUAGUUGUGUCAUUAUCAUGUAAAGGGAUGGAUACUUUCGGGGAAUACAUUACUCGAAAAGGGAAUAAAGAAAAAUACAACAAGUCCAUACGAAAGUGCAAGACCUUCAUGAAACCGCUCGCAGCGGUCAGCACAAGUCCGGGACAGUUGAUUUUGGCAACCUAUUACUAUCAGACUGGCAAUUACAUGAAAUCACUUGAGUUGUGUAGGGAUAUGAUCUCGAAAUAUAAAGUGUAUGUUGGUAUAGGGUCCAAAUCAAUUGACAAAGACAGGUACCAACAGAUAUGUUGUGGACGUGGAUAUUCGCUACUACAAAAAUAUCAAAUGGCCAUCGUAUUAGAGAUGAUAUUAACAAAAAACUAUGAUUUCUGUCCAUCCCAGUUACACGACGAGCUCACAAAAUGCAUUGAUCAUGUAUCAAUUCCCCCACUCCCGUAUGCUAUAUUCCUUUCCUUCCUGUGCUACCACGAACUUGGCGACACCAGGAGACGUGACUCAGCACUGGUUCACCUUCGGACCGUGAAGUAUGAUAAGGAACAGGGAUGUACUCCACACUGGAUUGUGCAUAACCUCAUCGGGUUGUGUUAUGAAAUGGUACAGGAUACACCAAGAGCCAUCAUGGAAUACAGUGAUUCUCUAAGUGGUGGGAUAUAUUUUCAGUCAAUGAAUCCGUCUAAGGCGAGAAUUGAACGUUUAAAAAACUGCCAAUAAUUUCCAGGAGAUCUCGUAUGCAAUGAUUACAUGUCGCCUAGUGAUAUCUGAUAUCCUUCAAAGAUACAGACAGAAGAACGUUAUUUUCUCCGUCCAAAGUUCUGUUGAAUUGUACAAGGAAAUCACCACAUAAAACGACUAGUUCUAUUUUCGGUAUCAAGUUAGUCCCUGAUUUGAGAUUGAUAUCAUUACAAGUCUACACAGUCGUUAAACUAAAACAUAGUAAAACUGUCAUAUUGCUGUUAUUAUUAUGAAAUGUACUUGAUUAAUUUGUACUGUGUAUAUUGGCUCAUUGUUGAUACAUGUUUAUCUCAUAACUACGCUUGUUUCACAACUGAUAUGGCACGUGAUACAAUUCGUAGCAGUGUGUUAUUGUUGUUGUUUACACGCCGCAAUGUGUAACCACUUUCUUAGCCUCCGAUUGGUCAUUUGUGACACCCAACAAAUCUGAUUGGCUAACUUCUGGCCUUUGACAACAUACUAUUUUUACUAUCACUUAUUCUUUUUUCGUCGUCUGUCUUCAAAAGAUCUACAUGGACACAUUUUGUGGAUUUGCCGGUGGUCAACAUUAGCAUAACUGGGUGGAAGGGGUGUCCUCAUGGAAAUGUCGAUUAAUGUUGGGUUUGAGUCGUACGAAAUAUAUUUUGAUGAUGGUAAAAUAGGACGCACGGAAGCGAGAAAUUGCAUCAAUUAUAGGCCUAGCGAACUAAAACUGACACCCCACCUCCCCCUUGAUUCCCAUAUGCAGUGGACGCACGGAAGCGAGAUAUUGCAUCAAUUAUAGGCCUAGGGAACUAAAACUGACAACCCGCCUCCCCCUUGAUUCUCGAUAUGCAGUGGAUCCCGAUAGCCAUGAAUGAAUUAUCAAAACAAUGAACAAAUGUAAUACAAAAUGGUUAAAUCGCUGUCUCUAAUCGUAUUCAUUUAUACCUUUUUUACGAAUAUAUAUCCCAAACACAAAAAUGUAAAAAUCAUUUUGGAACAUUUGUCUCAUGUCAGUUAA